CUUCGCUGGCUUCCAUCUCCUAGAGUAAUUUCUACCAAAUUUGUUCUUGGAUUCUAAUUAGUUAUGUCUUUCAGGUUCUUUGCAAUUCCCGAAGCUUUAAAAAACUCUUUGCCAGUUUCCGCUUAUAUGUUAACUGUUCUUUGGUAGACUCUGCUGAACAACGCGAAGUGACAAGUGUGAACUUGUAAAAGGUAUCCACUGCCACUGCUUUAUUAUUAUCAGACCAAUUUCUCCGGAAAAGUUGUAGAUUUGGAAAUUCUGUUCUUUUUGUACGAGUUUUGUCUUACGAAAGACGUUAGUCAGACGACCUAGAACGCAAAAAUGCUGAGCAGUAUUCUGAAGGAUCACCAGGCCAGGCAGAAACAUCGCAAAGAAGUUUGUGAACGGAAACGGAAAGAAGCUAUGGAAUCCGCUGAUAAACUAACCAGAACACUUGUCCAGAGUUUGAACGCAUCCGUUGCACAAGCUUAUGUAAAUCAGCGGCGAAUUGAUGCCGAAGCCAAAUCCCUCCAGCUGAAAGUUAACCGGUUUACCCAGCAAACGCACCAGUGGCUUCAGAUCGCUGACCAGUUCAACGGUGCUCUCAAGGAGCUGGGCGACGUGGAGAAUUGGUCCAGGAGUGUGGAAAGGGAUAUGCGAAUAAUUAACGACACCCUGCAGUCGGCUUAUGAACUGCACAAUCGAACGGCCAACCUGAAGAUCAACAAUAAUAAUCCUUCGGGGAAAAACUGACUCCGUUGAAAUAAUUCCUUUCUAGUUUGUUUAUUUUGUAUGCACUUGUGUCAUUUCAUGGGCAUUUUUUUGUGAUUCUGUGACAUUUCAAUUGUAAAAACUUCCGGAUUUUUAAAAAUUCUUCUACUUUUUCGAUCUCUUUACGGGAAAUAAGUGCAGUGAGUGCAAAACUGCACUUUCUUGUGUUGUACGCGAUUAACCCUUAAGUUUCCUUGAAAAUUAUCCAAUACACGAUUAUUAUACAAAUCUCGGACAAAAAAAACGACAAAUGGUAAGUCAGAACGCACGAAGUUUAUUGGCAUAAAACUGGUAAAUACAGUGAUUACG